UGUUCAGUUCAGCAGUUGAGUUCCCGACGAUAAGCACACGUACUCGUUUGUGGCGCUCCUCACGAUCAGGCGUAUGCGUUUUUCUUUGGGCGUUCUAAGGUCCUCCUCAUCCAAAUCUCCGAUUGGGUUCGGUCAAAUUCUAACUUCGUUUUAGCACAACAAGAUCGUGCUGUCAAUGAGUGAUUAUAAGUGGUGUGGAAAGCAAGUUUAGCGAAAAAAAUUGCGCGAGUAAACUUGAUUUAACUUGUUGCGGCUGGUGGUUCGACGUUGGUGUGAUUAGAUUUUCCAGUGAUCGAUCGAGUGAAGUAAAACAAACAGGAAAAUCAAGUGAUACUGAAAUCGAAAAUAUUGGUGUUACGCCCCAAAAGUGGUGGUCGUCGUGGUCAAAAGUGGUUGGCAACUCUGGGGUAGUGCAAAUCUCGUGCGUCUGCUUAUGUUUAGCGAUGAAGCAAGAACUGUGCAAGAAGUUGGAACAACAAUAACAAAAAAAGAGUUUUUAGCAUUGAAAUCGGCGGUGAUGUGUGAGUUAACGUCGAACCCGAUUUGCUGCUCCAAAUGGGUGGAGAAUAACUGGUGAAGCAGACAGACCCUUUUUACAUGCAGUGUGUGUUCCACUCGACAGCCACGUUGACUUCCGUACGGCAGAGUGCAGCCAGUGGCGGCUUUUUUUAGUUCAACCAAGCAACCAACCAGCAACGGUCAGAUCUGAUGGUCUUCUAUUGGGGGUGAAAUGGACCGAAUACUACCGUCCUGCACUGGACUGGACUGGACUGAGUGUAGAGUUUAAUGAGGAAUCAUUCUUGCCACGGUCGGCAGUGUUGUGGACAAACACUUGUUGGCGGCGUUCGUUACCCUUUAAUUAUAAACGCAGCCGAGCUACGGCGGCCGGGUCCGAAAUACUCCUCCAAACGAACGAGUAGCUCAGUGCGAGUCGAGCCGCCCGCGCCACUCAUCGCUGUUUGCUAGGCAAAGCGAAGCGGGGAGAAAAAAAAUUAAAAGUGCGAGUGAGUAUAGCAGGAAAGUGAGAAAGCAAUCAAAAGGUUGAACCUAGGGAAAUCAACCGUGAACCGUGAACAGCGGCCGUUUCACUCAUCGUCGUCAGGGCAGUAACGUUGUUCAAGCGUGACAUAGACUCUCGGAAGGAAAAGGAGAGUAGCUUGCAUCCCGCGGGAAGAAGUGCUCGUCAGUCAUCUCCGAAAGGGCACAAGCGGCGCGUGUGUGUUUACCGAGUGCACGUGCGUACGUACAUCUAGUGAUUAGGUUGGUUGCCGGCUCUCCAAUCUGAUCUGAAUAUGCUUCGGUCCAUCUUCUAGAUUUGUGUAGUGACAAAAGUUGAGCGUGACCUCAAAAAAGUACCCGGACCUGCGGGUGGCUGUCAGGUGUGGUAGACGUGCGGCAGAGAAGAAGUGGAAAGAUAAAGUAAUUUUCACAAAACCAGUUUCGUUGUGUUGCGGCUGUGUGUGUGUGUGUGUACCUAAAAGGAGACUGAAACCACUCUCCAAAUCCUGCUCGCGAGCUGCGUGCGAUUGCGACUUUGUGGCUGCUUUGGCCCACGUGAAGUGUUCGGCGGCAGUAGCAGCAGCAGCGGCGAUAACGCCUUGAAACUGGAGAACUCUCGAGGUAGCCAAGUGUCCCAGCGACAGCGGGGCGUAAAAUUGCCAGUGGCCAAGUGUGCACAGUGGUAUCAAAAGAAACUCCCUUGGGAUUCGAAUGCCAGCGUAGUCCUUGCGAAAUCGACCGACAGCCUUGCUAAUUGCUGAAAAAAGUGAGAAGAAUUGUUGUUCAGGUUCCCGGUGGGUUGAAAAAAGAAUAAGGCGAAAACGAAAUACGAAGCUGCUUUCAAGUAUAAAGCUUUGCUUGCCGUCACGAGUGUUUUAGUGUUGUGUUUUUUGUUUGUUUUUUUUUUGUUUUUUUUUAAUUGUCUGUACCACGGAAGGUGAUCCGGUUUUGCGGAACCGCGCUCGUCUUCUUCUCCCCGCGUGUGAGACGUUCACGGCGGUGCCCAAAAUAGCCUAUAAAUGAUUCCGUGCGUGAGCUUGACCGAAACCAGUGUCCUUGGGAAUAUGAAAGAGCGCGUUAAAGAGAUGCGCGUCUUCGGUUGCAGAUUAAACUUUUGGAACAAUGUUACCUCCAACUUUAGCAACAAAGGUAACGGAAGUUCACCCGCCCAAAACUCGACCCGCAGCAUUAGUCCGAAUACGCAGAGCCUGCCCAACGGUCACCUGCAGGCAUCACAUAUCAUCACCGGCCCCGGAACGGAACGAACGCUCCUUCAGCAGGGAAACCAAUCACCGUUGCUGCACCAGCAGCAGCAGCAUCAGCAACAGCAGCAACCUCAGCAGCAGCAGCAACAGCUUCAGGCACAACAGCAAGGUUCCCAGCAGACGUCCCACUCGCCUUCGUUGCAGCAUCCGUCGCAGCAUCAGCAACAACUGCAGCACCAGCAGUCCUCCCAGUCUCACCACCUCAACAGCAGCUCCAGUAGUUUAGGCAACAUCACGCCCACCUUCGUCCAGCCACAGUCCCCCACCCACUCAUUCAAAACGGCGUCCAUCAACGGUGCAGGUCAUCAUACCAACGGAGGCGAUCUAAAUAUGCCUGGUGGUCCGACAGCAGCGCCCGGAACACCAAACUCAAAGGCGAAGGAUGUAUCUCCACGGAUCAAGAUUGUGGUGGCCCUGUACCCCUUUAAGGCGAUCGAGAGUGGCGAUCUGUCGUUGGAGAAGAAUGCCGAAUACGAAGUGAUCGAUGACUCGCAAGAGCACUGGUGGAAGGUCAAAGAUCAGCAUGGUACCAUCGGAUACAUUCCCAGCAACUACGUCAAGGAGAAGGAACUACUCGGGCUACAGAAGUACGACUGGUACGUAGGGGACAUGUCCCGGCAGCGGGCGGAGUCGCUGCUCAAACAGAACGACAAGGAAGGCUGUUUCGUGGUGCGAAAGUCGUCCACCAAAGGCCUCUACACACUAUCGCUACAUACCAAAGUACCCCAAUCCCAUGUGAAGCAUUAUCACAUUAAACAAAACGCUCGCCUAGAGUUUUACCUCUCAGAGAAACACUGCUGUGAAACGAUACCGGAUUUGAUCAACUACCAUCGACACAACUCCGGGGGAUUAGCAUGCCGACUAAAGACGUCUCCUUGUGACCGACCGGUGCCACCGACUGCUGGUUUAUCGCAUGACAAAUGGGAAAUCCAUCCUUCGGAGCUGAUGAUUUUGGAGGAACUCGGUUCGGGCCAAUUUGGCGUUGUUCGGAGAGCCAAGUGGCGUGGCUCGAUUGAUACCGCUGUAAAAAUGAUGAAAGUUGGCACUAUGUCCGAGGACGAUUUCAUCGAGGAAGCAAAAGUAAUGACAAAACUCCAACAUCCAAAUUUAGUACAACUGUACGGUGUUUGUUCCAAGCAUCGACCGAUCUACAUCAUCACCGAGUACAUGAAGCAUGGUUCCUUACUCAACUAUCUGCGAAGGCACGAGCAGACACUAAUCGGCAACAUGGGAAUGCUUCUCGACAUGUGCAUACAGGUAUGCAAGGGAAUGUCCUAUCUCGAACGGCACAACUAUAUCCAUCGAGAUCUAGCAGCUCGUAACUGUUUGGUAGGUUCGGAAAACACCGUUAAAGUGGCAGAUUUCGGGCUUGCACGAUACGUUCUGGACGAUCAGUACACCAGCUCUGGCGGUACCAAAUUUCCAAUCAAAUGGGCCCCACCGGAGGUACUCAACUAUACCCGAUUCUCGUCCAAGAGUGAUGUUUGGGCAUACGGUGUGCUAAUGUGGGAGGUAUUCACUUGCGGAAAGAUGCCCUACGGUCGCCUAAAGAACACGGAAGUCGUAGAACGUGUCCAGCGAGGAAUUAUUCUAGAAAAACCAAAAGCGUGUGCGAAGGAGAUAUACGAUGUGAUGAAAAAAUGUUGGUCGCAUGGUCCCGAAGACAGGCCCGGAUUCCGGAUACUCAAAGAUCAGCUCGCGGCUGUUGCACAAGGUCUUACCGAUUAGAUCCAGCUGAUCCGAAAUCUCAUCGCAUCCCAUGGCACACGAGGGCAUGCAUCUACGCGUCUGUUCGUUUAUGUGCAGGCGCAUUGAAAUACCAUUCUUAUCUUAGAGCUAGAUGACCCUGCUUUUCAUUUCGACACAUCUCUAUCCUACUAGAAAACUACAGUGUUGCGUGGGUGGUACUUCCCGCAAUCUAGACUUAAAGCAAUCGGGAAGCAUCGCCGGCUAGUAUUUUGUAUUUAAAAAUAUUGUGCUUACAAAAAUGUGAACAUCUAUCCAUAUCUUUAUCGAAAAUUCAACGUAAAAAAAAACAAACAACAAAUUAUUUAAAAGGACAAAAAUUUUGAACCGUUGUCUGCCACCAGGAAGCCAAACAACUGCACAACAAACACAAACUAGUGACUCUCAGUAAAUACAGUCUCAAAUCUCCCCCAAUAUACAAACUGACGGAAAAAGUACACUCCAGUAAAUAGACUUACUAUAAAUAUACAACUCUAAAUAAAAGUACCGUAUACAUAUAAAACAGUCAUCCGCUUGUUCCUUCCGGUGCUGCUUUAGGAGGGAAGACGAACAUUCAUUCCUAAAACCGUAAAACAUACUUCUCAUCUUCAAUGCAUUGUAACUUUUUUCCAAUAUUUUCUAACAUUUUAAUUAAGCAAGAUACAAACACCACUGACUGAAGAUAACCAGCAGCACACUAGCAAAUGACAAACAAAACGAACGAAGCAGUCAGCAAGCGAAACAAAAACAGCAAACCAGAAAAUGUGAAUCAAAAAUCAUAAGUUUUCCAAUUUUACUGCGAUACACAAAACAAUAAUUUUUGUGACUAUAAUCUAGAAUUAGGAGCGGUUUGGCGUGAAAAGCAAUGGAUAAUAAAACGGUGGGUGGACAACUGGCCGAAGAUGUCAGUUAGCCUCAGCGCACCGAACCAUGGAGUGAGGUUAGGGAAACAAAGUGAUUUGCGUUCUGAUGCAUAUACGUUUUUAGCGACAAGUGACGAACUUUCCAACUUUAUUAGCGGUAUUUUUUCUGCGUAAGAGAUAAUAGUACUACGGUUUACUUUACACUGUAUUGAAAGUAUAAUAAUAGUAGAUAUAUUGGUGGGACAUAAAAAAGCGGAAGCAAGAAAGCAUAAGUGAUAUUUAAUAAUUUUAGUUUAUUUUUAAAGACUUAUUUAAAUGACCCAUUUACGUGUCCACUCAAACUUUGAGAAAAAAGAGAACAGAUUAUAUUGAUCGAGUUUUUUUACAUAACCGUUUUUUCUUCCACUAAAGUCAUUAAGUUCAAUCGAACAUUAUUUUGCGCUGCGAGUUUAUUUCUUGUACAGUUAGAUUUAGUUUUCUCUUAGUUUUUGUUUUCUUUGGUAAGCCGUCGCCUAUUUGGGCAAACAAAACAAAUAAACUGGUACACACUAGACGCAUCGCAAACUGACGCGUGAAUAGUAGUUAGCGUUAUUUCUUUCGAAAUUCUAACAAUGCUUGUAUUUAAAACGUCGUAUGAAACGGAAGCAACAAAUACACAUACACAAAAAUAUCCAAGAGAAAUCAAGAAAUGCCAUUUUUACAAUACUUGAGUAUAGGACUUUAAUGUUUAAUAACAAAUCGACAGUAAAGAAAGCAGAACACAGACAAGCAUAUAUUAGUAUGACAAGAACUAUACGGAUUCAAAAUCACGCCAAUAAUCUUAGGAUUUGAAGUAACCCUAGCAUGUUGCCUGUGCUAGGAAUUGUACCGUUAAGAUUGAAUCAAAAAGAAGAAGAAAAAUAUUAAAAGGGAUAAAUAGUAACAAGUACCGAACAUAUACCGUAACACUCAUACAGAAUUGUCGAAAACUUUUUCGAAAUAUAUAUACAUAUACAUUUUUACGUGAAUUUGAAGCAGCCACACACCGUCAACGGGUGCUGCGACAGGUGAACCAAAUUAUUAUAUGGAGCAAAAAUAAUUGCAAUCGAAACUAACUACCAGGUUCACUUCAAAGCGUUUUAGUCAGCGUAAAAGUAGCCCGCUGUGACGUUGAUUGAUCCCGAGCAGGAAACAGGAUUAUUAUAGAUGUCUUUUAUCCGAGAUCAACUAAAACCAAUAAUAAAAUCGAGAAAAAUAUUGAUUAUGUCUUGUAUAAAAUAA